UUGUGCUGUGUUGAUCGACCUGAAGAGGGAGGCUUGUCACCUUAUGUGUUCGCUUUAAUGGUUAUUUUCUUUCUACAACAAAGGAAAGAGCCUUUUCUACCUGUCUAUUUGGGAUCAUGGAUUGAAGGAUUCUCAUUAAACAAAUUAACUAAUUUUCAUCUGAAAGAAGUUGACAAUGAUGCUGUGGUUUGGGAGCAUAACUCCAUUGAUGAUUCUGAUUUGCCACAAGAAACUUCCCAUAGAAGGGGCAAGGUUCCCUUAGUAUUUGAUUCAGGACAGCAGUGUUCAGCACUUGCUGGCCAGCUUUGGGUAGAACUACUUCGUUUCUAUGCCUUGGAGUUCAAUAUGGCUGAUUUGGUUAUUAGCAUUCGACUCAAAGAAACAGUGUCUCGUGAAUCAAAGGACUGGCCUAAAAAGCGCAUUGCUGUGGAAGACCCGUAUUCAGUCAAAAGGAAUGUGGCAAGAACUCUGAACAGCCAGCUGGUGUAUGAAUAUAUUCUUCACUGCCUGAGAGCAACUUACAAGUAUUUUGCCUUGCCUCACAAAAAAAGUGCAAAAUUGAGCAAAAAAUCCUCUCCAAAUGCCAAUGAAGAGAAAUCCCAAAUACUGGACCAUGGAAAAGAUGCUAUAACACAUGAAAACUCUGAGUUGCAAAACUUGGGUGGUAGAACAAACACAGCAGUAGUGGAAGAUUGUAUAACAGAGACUACAGGUGUGCCACAGGUGCAUGGAAUUGAUCCUUCAAAACUGUGUGAUGGCUCAGAAAGCUUCACAGAAGAAGAACUGGCUGAUAUAAGUCAUUUUGAAAUUGCCCAUGAAGAUUCAGACUGUAUAAUUGAGGAAGUUAUUUCUGGAGAUAAUGAGGAUUUUAAACCAAGUUGUGUAGAGACAGAGAGUGGAAAUGAAGAGGAAGAAGAGGAGGAAGAGGAAGAACAUGAACAACAAAAAAGAAGAUGGAAUAAUAUCUUGACUACUGAGCAGGGAAUAGAUGAAGACACUGACAGUGGAGAUCUCCCUGUUACAGUGAAUGAGCAUGAUAGAGACACAUGUAGUACUUCAGACUUAGAAGGUUUUCCAAAUGCUGCACUUACAGAGAGUGAUGAGUUUGUCUUAGAGUGCAGUGGUGUGAUGUAUGACAAGAUUGACAUUGAUGAGGAGAGCACUGAAGGUACCGAUGAACUGGGUGGAUCUCCAAAACAAUUCAUAUGUUCAGCACAGAGUCAGAUACCCCAAAUGAUUAACUCAGAUGAUGAGGAGGAAGAGGAGGAAGAAACAAGUCUUCUAAACCGAAGAGAGUGUGGUGUUAUAAGAGCUGGACAUGAACUAGAUACCACAUACACCGGCUCUGGAGAUGACGAUGCACUGUCAGAGGAAGAAGAUUUUUCACUCCCACAUAAAUAUGAGAACAAACACUUUGAAGAAAAUGUGGAUGGACCCCUGAGGAUCAGUUUGAGUCAAGAGGAUCUUACUGAGAAGGGAAGCCUUUUUGAAGAGAACACAGCAAUAGAACAGUGUUUAGAAUCUGAACUUUUUUAUGAAUUCAGUAAAUCAGCUUUUACAAAGGGCAAGGCUCCUACAGUAGUAUGUAGCGUGUGCAAACGGGAAGGUCAUUUAAAGAGGGAUUGUCCAGAAGACUUCAAGAAAAUUGAACUUGACCCACUGCCCGUGCUGACACCCCAAUUUUCGGUUAUUCUAGAUCAAGUUUGUGUCCAGUGUUAUCAUGACUUUGCUCCAAAUAUUGUAGAGGUUCUGGCUCGGGAACAUAUAAGACAAAACUUGGAAAACUUCAUUAGACGGGAUUUCCCAGGAACCAAGUUGAAUUUGUUUGGCUCCUCAAAAAAUGGCUUUGGCUUCAAACAAAGUGACCUCGAUAUCUGUAUGAUGAUGGAUGGGCUGGAAACUGCUGAGGGACUUGAUUGCAUUGGAAUCAUUGAAGAUUUAGCGAAAGUUCUCAAGAAACAGUCAGGUUUAAGAAAUGUCUUGCCUAUAACAACUGCUAAAGUCCCAAUUGUCAAAUUUUUACAUGUCAGAAGUGGUCUUGAAGUAGACAUCAGUUUAUAUAAUACUCUGGCCUUGCAUAACACAAGACUCCUGUCAUCAUAUGCAGCCAUUGAUCCUAGAGUAAAAUAUCUGUGUUACACAAUGAAAGUCUUUACAAAGAUAUGUGACAUUGGAGAUGCAUCUCGAGGUAGUCUUUCUUCUUAUGCAUAUACUCUUAUGGUGCUUUAUUUUCUUCAGCAGAGAAAUCCACCUGUCAUUCCUGUUCUUCAAGAGAUCUACAAAGAACCAAAAAAGCCUGAAAUUUUAGUUGAUGGCUGGAAUGUUUAUUUCUUUGAUAAGAUAGAGGAGUUGUCAGUUGUCUGGCCAGACUGUGGCAAAAACACUGAAUCUGUUGGGCAACUGUGGCUGGGACUUCUCCGUUUCUACACAGAAGAAUUUGAUUUUAAAGAGCAUGUCAUCUGCAUUAGGAGAAAAAAUCUACUUACAACUUUCAAGAAGCAGUGGACCUCCAGAUACAUUGUAAUUGAAGACCCCUUUGAUUUGAACCACAAUCUUGGAGCUGGAUUGUCAAGAAAAAUGACAAAUUUUAUAAUGAAGGCUUUUAUCAAUGGCAGAAGAGUAUUUGGUACCCCUAUAAAAACACUUCCUAAAGAAUAUCAAUCAAAAAUGGAGUACUUUUUUGAUCCAGAGGUACUAACAGAAGGAGAAUUGGCACCAAAUGAUAGAUGUUGCAGAAUUUGUGGUAAAAUUGGCCAUUUCAUGAGAGAUUGUCCCAUGAAAAGAAAACUAAGACGGCGUGAUUACGAAGACAGCAAAAACCAGAGGUACACAGAAAGCAAGGAGAAAAGAAGCACAGAGGACAAACAAACAACAGAAAAGGAAAGCUUAAUCAAGGAGGGAAAGUUGAAUCUAUGUAUACCUCAGAAGAGGAAAGCAGCAAGGGUAAUAGUGGAAACUGGAAGAGAAAAGACUCCCAGGCAAUCGACAGAGAAGUGGAAGCACCUGGAAGACAGAGACUUAAGAGAAAAACGUUGUUUUAUCUGUGGAAGAGAAGGUCAUAUUAAAAAGGAAUGCCCACAGUAUAAAGGAGCUGCAGGGUUGACUAAUGGGUAA